GCGUCCCUGCCCAGGAACAUGAUAGAGAACAGUAUGUUUGAGGAGGAACCUGACGUGGUGGACCUGGCUAAAGACUCUACAGCCUUCCCAGCGUUGGAACCAGAUGAGGUGGUGUACGAGCCCCGUAGCUCCCGUCUGCUGGUGCGAGGUCUGGGAGAGAACGACCUGGACGACGAUGAGGAGGAGGACAAUGAGUCGUCAGCCCGCCUACUGGGCAUGUCCUUCAUGAACAGAAGCGCCACCCACAAUCCUAGCUCCUCCCCUUACAACAGACACGCUCCACCCAGGUCAUGUUCCUGCCCCUCGGCUCGUAUGCUGGUGGUGGGCGUGUUCAUCUUGGUACUGGUCGCAUCCAUGGCGAUGGUUCUCUACUUCCUGCCUGGCUGUACCUUCACUAAGGCUGGCUGUGGUAAGGCUAACUCCUCCACUCCUAACAGCACCAAUGGGGAGCUGUUUCCCUGGAAUGAGCUCCGACUCCCAGCCAGUGUACAGCCUGUGAACUAUGACCUCACCUUGACCCCUAACCUGACUUCCAUGACCUUCACUGGCCGCACUGUCAUCAACAUGACAAUACUACAUGACACCAAGCGCAUAGUUCUGCACAGCUCUGAACUCAUUAUCACCAAGGCAACCUUCCAGGUUGGAGAGGAUAAGAGUGUUGAGGUGAAGCUGUUGGAGUAUAAACCAUGGCAGCAGAUAGCUGUAAGCUUCCCAGAGGAUCUGAAGGUAGGCCAGGUGUGUGUGUUAACGUUGGACUAUGCAGCCAACCUCUCACACACCUAUGACGGCUUCUACAACAGCUCCUACAACGACAAGACUGGAGCCAAGAGGGUCCUAGCUGCCACCCAGUUUGAGCCCCAGGCAGCCAGGAAGGCCUUCCCCUGUUUUGACGAGCCGGCCUUUAAAGCCACUUUCCUGGUCAGGAUCACAAGGGAGCCUGGAUACAUCACUCUGUCCAACAUGCCCCAGGCUAAGACGACUACAUUACCCAGCGGCCUGUUGGAGGAUGAGUUUGAGCAGACUGGCAUUAAUAUGAGCACCUACCUGGUGGCCUUCAUCGUAGCCAACUUCACCAGCAUCACUAGAAACGUUUCCAAUACACUGGUGUCAGUGUACUCUGUGCCAGAGAAGAAGGAACACACACACUAUGCUCUGGACACAGCCUCCAAGCUGCUGCACUUCUACAACACCUUCUUUGAAAUCGUCUACCCUCUGAGGAAACUAGACCUGGUGGCUAUCCCAGACUUUCUGGCGGGAGCGAUGGAGAACUGGGGUCUGAUCACCUUUAGAGAGACCAGCCUGCUGGUGGAAAACCAGUCCUCUCCUCUCGACAAACAACUCAUCGCUAACGUCGUAGCCCACGAGCUCGCUCACCAGUGGUUUGGGAAUCUGGUGACGAUGCGUUGGUGGAAUGACCUGUGGCUGAACGAAGGCUUCGCCACCUACUGGCAGUACACGUCCCUAAUGACAGUGUUCCCACAGCUGGACCUAGGCAAUGUGUUCCUGGGGGUGCGCUUUAAGGCCAUGGCCAAAGAUUCUUUAAACUCCUCCCACCCAGUGUCAGUGUCAUCCCAGGUGACCACACCUGAGCAGGUGUCUGAGAUGUUUGACUCUGUCACCUAUGAGAAGGGUGCUUCCCUCCUGCUGAUGUUGAAAACCACUCUGCCAGACGGUCAGUUCAGGAAAGGACUCAUGGAAUACCUGGAUAACUACAGAGGAUCUAACACUGUUACUGAAGACCUCUGGAACAGUCUCACCCAGGUUCCUUAUUUUGCGGCUGUAAAAUCUGCCGCCAUAUCCUUCCUCUUUUCACAACGCCUGUGGCAUAUCCCUGUGACGUAUGUGAAUGACAGCUGUAGCUCUGCCCCUUCCUGCAGACAGAUCUUCACGCUAAGAAAUAAGACAGCGACUCUGAAUGUGUCGGACAGUGUGAAGUGGCUGAAGUUGAACUACAUGAACACAGGCUUCUAUAUAGUUCACUAUGGAGACGAGGGCUGGGCCACUCUCAUAGAUGCUCUUAAGACUGAUAUCAACAUACUCACACCCCACGACCGCGCUUCACUCAUACACAACAUCUUUGCCCUGUCCAGGCUGGGUCGUGUGUCCUUCCGUCAUGUUUUAAAUCUGUUGGAAUAUGCCACCAAUGAGACUGAGACUGCUCCUCUGACAGAGGCCCUGUCACAGCUCAGCUCUGUUUACAGACUACUGGACAAGAGACAGGAGCAAAGACUGGUGGCCCGCAUGAAGGUGUACAUUUGGGGUCAUUUUGGCCAGCUGAUGGACAGUCAGGACUGGGGAGAGGAGGAGAGUGUGUCCAGACAGGAGCUGAGGUCAGCCCUGCUAGAGAUGGCCUGUAGUCUGGGACGGCAGAACUGUACUGACCAGGCCACGGCCCUCUACGACCAGUGGACCAACUCCAACCAAACCAAACAGAUCCCAGGUGAUCUGAAGCGAGUGGUGUUCUCUGUAGCGGCCCAGUCUGACCUCAGAUGGCAUACUCUCAUGGAGGCCUACAGUUCCACCACGUAUGACUCUGAGAAACGCAAGAUACUGCAGGCCCUGGCCUCCACACAGGACCCACAAAGCAUCGUAUGGAUUCUGAGCGUGGGGCUCGAGGGAGGGAUUAUCCAGACCCAGGAGCUGCCAUUGGUCAUCAGCACCAUGAGCGAUGGCUUCGUUGGCCACUUGUUCGUCUGGGACUUUGUCAAAGAGAACUGAGACAGGAUCAUAGAGAAGUUCCCAGUGGGGUCCUAUCCCAUCCAAAGCAUCAUCAAGUCCACCACCUCCCAGUUCUCCACUCAGACACACCUGGAGGAGGUCCAGGGUUUCUUCUCCAGUCUGAAGGAGCGGGGGUCUCAGAUGCGUAGCGUCAAGGAGGCUUUAGAGACCAUCAGACUGAACCAGCUCUGGAUGGACAGGAACCUCCCAACACUCAGAAUCUGGCUCUAA